CGCGGUGCUGCACUCUUUCGACUUUACAACCAAAAGAUACGACCACAACCUUCAACUCAGUACGAAUAGCAGCAUAGAUCAUCUACCCGACACCAUCCCGCUCUUGUUCGAGGUUGAGAAAUACCCUGCAAUCGCAUGACCUCCGUUUGAUGAACUUGACAACUUUCGCCGAUAUGGUGGAGACUUCAACAGAACUGAAGACACCUGGAGCUUUCGUCGGCUACAUGUCCGUGACGGAGGUCUUGCGGCAAAUGAAGCGAAAUCCCGGUAGCUACCCGAUCGGUGAUUUGCUUCUCGUCACCGACGUAUCUUUCACUGGAUUCGAUGAUGAAGCAGGGGAACGCGAAGUAUUAGUUCUAGAAACUCAACGAUAUCGACGCUUUCGGCUGAAAAGUGUACAAUACGAUGAAUCCACGGGGCUACUCUUCGGCCAAGUAGACUGGAUAGGAGAGCAAAAGGCAUAAUAUUAUGUUAAAACUCAAAUGUUUUCAGAUUCACA